UUUUUGCCGGACCCAUUUGGCUGCUGCACAUCUCGGAAAUAUACAUUACCAGCAUGGCUUUUGAAGGAGCACCUGAAGUUUGCUACUGAGCUAUUUUCUCAGCAGUUAAGGGACAUAACGGAGCAAUAGUGCGGCUCCAAGGUAAACUUACUGCGGGGAAACAUUUGUAGGUGAGCCAGUGUUGACUGUUAGUUGUUUUAACAGUAACUAAGGUAACUAGUAACUGGUAACUAAGCGACGGAGCUCUGACUGUCCAACGUGGCUGAAGUAGCCAUCAUGUCAAAGGUGAAUGCAAAGAAGAAAGACUCUCCUGCUAAAACACAACGACCCACAUCUACAGAGACGAAAUGCACAGUGAAAGAGAAAAGAAAACAGUGGAUGACAGAGAAGUUCAGGAAGAUAAAGCCACAAGCCAAGAACCAAGCAACCAAAGCUAAACCUCCACCUUCAGUGGUACCUCCUAAAGAUGGCCUGCAGUUCUCUGCUAACUGGAAGCUACUACAAGAGAUGUUAAAAGCCAGUCAACCGGAGAAGAAGCAGCAGCAGCCUGUGACACCGAAACCUCAGAAUGGUGUCCUGCAAAAAAAGGAGGCUAAAGAAAGUUCUUCUAAAAUUAUUUCUAAGAACAAUGUCAGUCCCGGGCAGACAGACACUGGGAAAAAAGUGAAGCACAAAACUGUUCCAAGCAGUGUCGUCCCCAAGGACUCUCAGGUGAACUCGAAGGUUCCAGCUGCCUCGGAGACGAAACAGUCUGCUGCUGCUCCGAAAAGGAAAAAAGACGGUGGAAAGUCAAACAGCGAGCAAGCAGCCAAGAAAAAGAAGCCUGUGGUUGAAGAGACGAAACCUACAGAAGCGGACAUUUGGUUUGAUGAUGUAGACCCUGACGACAUUGAGGCAACGGUGGGAGCAGAGGCGGCAGAGAUCAUGAGGAAGAAGCAGGGCGUUCAGAAACACAAGGACACAGAGAGCGCCCUGGUCAAGGAGAAAGCCUUUGAGGGCCUCACCAGAGCCGUGGCCAUCGAUUGCGAAAUGGUGGGAGUCGGUCCUGACGGAGAGGACAGCAUCUUGGCUCGCGUGUCCCUCGUGAACCACUUUGGGAAAUGCAUCUAUGACAAAUACGUGAAACCCACAGAGAAGGUGACAGACUACCGGACAGCCGUCAGUGGCAUCCGACCACAGGACAUCAAAGACGGAGAGGAUGUACGGACGGUGCAGAGCGAGGUUGCUGAGAUCCUGCAAGGCAGAAUAGUGGUUGGACAUGCCAUACACAAUGACUUAAAGAUUUUACUCCUGGAUCAUCCAAAAAAGAAAAUCCGGGACACUCAGAAGUACAAACCUUUUAAGAAGGCUGUAAAGAGUGGUCGACCUGCGCUGAGAGUCCUCUGUAGAGAAAUACUCCAUGUUAAAGUCCAACAGGGUGAACAUUCAUCCGUCCAAGACGCACAGGCCACCAUGAGACUAUACACCAUGGUGAAGAAACAGUGGGAAGCAGAGAUUAAAGCCAGCCAUAAAAACAAAGACUCAGCCAAGAAGCGUGAAAGGAAGCUUCCUAAGAACAGGUGCAAGAAUCUCAUGGGAUUAUGAAUUCAACACCAAUCUGCAAGAGGACAGUAUCAUCCCAGGGUCAGAGCAGCGCUGACUGAAACGAUCAAAGGUUUGACGAGAUGUCCAUAAAAAUUAGUUUUUUAACAGAUGGUCGCUCGGACAGGACAUUCCAGGAUGCGAAAGACUUCAACAAAGUCAGGAGUGUUCUACCUGAGCAUCCCAGGCUGCGGCUCCUCGCACAGGAACCAAAACAUCUGGGAGAUUAUGGAGCUUUUAUUUACAAUGAUCCUUUCAGUCAUUUCCUCCUUAAAUCUUCCGAGAAUUCAUUUCCCAACAUGGUGUUCCCAGCAGUCGGAGGCAGGUGUUCAAAUCAUCCAAUUUCAUCUCCUGAGAAUUGAGUUCUCAUGAGCACAUGAGAACUCAAUUAUCCACCCACUAGCACACAAUCCAUUUGUUUGCAUAACGGUUCCAGUAUUAUAUAAAUUGAGUGUUUAGAUUAGGGAUGCACCGAUAUCGGGCCGAUCCGAUACUGACUCAAAUAGCUGGAUUGGGUAUCGUUGACAAUGGAGCCUCUAAUCUAUUAGAUUCAGUUCUAUGUUUGUAUUGUAAUUCCUGUUAAUUUUGAAGUUGUUUUACCAAGUUGCUGGAGUACGCUUUAUUAUUUUAACGAAUAACGAUUCAAUAAAUAUACAUCUAUGUAUUUAUUUGUUACAUUUUUGCAAAGUUAAGAAAACAAUGUUUAGGUUUGGCCUGAUGUUGCCUAACACAUAACAGAAUGAUCCCAGUCACUUCCACACAGUGAGGCAUACAGCUUAUUAAUUAAACACUGGUAUCGGAUCGGUACUCGACCCAAAGCCCAGGUAUCGGUACCGGGACUGAAAAAGUCGGAUCGGUGCAUCCUUAGUUUAGAUCUUUGUUCUCUCAUGACUUGGUUUGUAGUAAUGUGUUUCCUGGUUGCCUUAAAUGUUUUAAAAAGUAUAAAUAAAACUCCUCAUCUGUGAAACA